AUGGGCUGUUUGUUGGCCAGUUUUCCUAAUUCCAAAUGGUCCAAUUUCAAAGAUUCUCGGGCUCAGCAUAACCGGUGUGGGAAGAGCUUCAGCUGGAGAUGCACCCUGAUCUGCCUCCAGAGAACCCACACUGGGCAAAGGCCCUACAAGUGUGGGGAGUGUGGGAAGGGCUUCAGGCAGUGUUCCAGCCUGAUCUGCCACCAAAGUGUCCACACUGGGGAGAGGCCCUAUGAGUGUUCCAAGUGUGGGAAGAGGUUUACCACCAGCUCCACUCUCCACCAGCACUACCAGACACACAGGGAGGAGAGGCCUUUCCAGUGCUCCGACUGUGGGAAGGGCUUCAGGCAAAACGGCACCCUCAUCAACCACCGGUGCAUCCACACUGGGGAGAGGCCCCACGAGUGUGAGGAGUGUGGGAAGAGCUUAUUGUGUGCUCAGUUGAUCCACCACCAGAAAAUCCAUACUGGGAAAGGGCCAUGAAAGUGUGGACAUUGUGGGAAGGGCUUCAGGCAGCGAUACGACCAAGUCCACCACCAAAGUAUCCACACUGGGGAAAGGCCCUACGACUGUUCUGUGUGUGAGAAGAGGUUUCACUCCAGUUCUGAUCUCCUCCAGGAGUACCAGACACACAUGGAGGAGAGGCCUUUCCAGUGCUUUGACUAUGGGAAGGGCUUCACAAAAAACUCCAACCUUGUCACCCACUGGCGCAUCCAAACUGGGGAGAGGCCCUACAAGUGUGGGGAGUGUGGGAAGAGUUUCAUCUUGAGCUCAGCCUUGACCAAACACCAACAGAGGCACCGGUAUGGGAAGCCCUGUGAGUAUCCCGAGUGCAGGAAGAGCUUCGUGUGCUGCUCCAACUCCUUCCCUCACUGGAGGAGCCAUGUUGGGCAGAGCCCUGGUGACCCACAGGGGUUCCAUGUUGGGAAGACACCUGGCUGGUUAUCCUUUUGUUUUGGCCUUCAUUUUUUUCUCUUCUCCAUCGCUUUGUCCUCCAAAAGUCAAGAGGGAUCGAUCUGUGAGCUCUAAAUAACUCAAAUCCCACUGAAAACACCCCCAUUUUAACACAAAAGUGCACAAUCUCACCUGCAAGUACCUUAUUACCUUUUCAGAACAACUCAAUCCCACACGAACCUUACUGAAUUCCACAGCUGCCAGGGUGAGAAGGGGUUGGAAGGAGAUUGUGAGAAGUGGGAUCCAAUUUUGAAGCGGCGGGAUUGGGAUUGUGUGGGGCUGGCUGUCAAGG